AUGAUUCUAUUUAGGUUUUCCUUGCGCUCCGGAUCCUGGAGCUCAGCAGCACGUGGAGUUUCAUUCAUGGACGAUACCGGUGCUGGUAUUAUGAGCGUUGAUUCUAGCGCUGAUAUCACCGCCUUGCAAGACAUUGUUGAGGUGGCCGGUGAGCAGCGUCCGAGAAAGCCACCAAUGACCGUUUAUGCUGUAUUGGCGUUAGCCGGCUAUCGACUAGUCUACAGCCCAGUCCUACUCCUCGAAGUCAAUAUCAUUGGUCUAGCUGGCAUUCAAGUCCUCCCAAAUUGGGACAGAAUACAAAUUACACUCUCCAGGACUCCUCCAGGUAAAGAUAUUUGCAGACUCAAUGGCCCAUGGUUGAGACAGAAACUUUCCACGGCAGCGAUUCCUGAUCGCUUACCAAAUCUGUGGAUCAGUGAUAUCGAUGACUUGUUUUAUAACAUAAACACUGACCACAUCCGUCCACCUGGUGAAAGACGAGCACUACCUGACUUCGAGGUGAGACCCAUACCUAUUGGUAUCAACCGACAACUCUAUCCGGGAGAACAACCGGAAAGCGUGUGA